UUUUUUUUUCCUUUCUACAUUUAUACCCCUUCCUAGUGUUUCUUUAUUCUUCAAUCUCUCUCCCGCUCCUAUUUUCAAUCAAAACCAUUUUCAAAGCUCUCUGUGUGUGUGUGUGUGUGUGUAAUUCAGUUAUGGCUAUGGCUUUAAAAGUGACCCAGUAAACAGCAGUUUCCCUCAUAAACCCCAUCAUCACUUUCUAUAGCUCAAAAACAAAAAUGGCUUCCACCAUCUCUAUUCCACCAACUGACCCUUCUUCUUCAUCUACAGAAGACCCAGCAGCUAAAGCCGUCAACAAACGGUACGAAGGGCUCAUCACGGUCCGAACCAAGGCUACUAAAGGCAAAGGAGCUUGGUAUUGGGCACAUCUCGAACCGAUCCUUGUUCGGAACCCAGAGAGUAGUCUACCGAAAGCGGUGAAACUCAAGUGUUCCUUAUGCGACGCCGUUUUCUCGGCCUCGAACCCGUCCAGGACCGCCGCCGAGCACUUGAAACGCGGCACUUGCCCCAACUUCAGCUCUGUUUUAAGACCCAAUCCUUCGUUAUCCCCCUUGCCUAUCUCUUCAUUAGCUUCACCUUCGGUUUCGUAUCAUCAUAAUCAUCGUAAACGAAGUCCUUCAGCUGCUGUUUCUCUUUUACGAAACCAAGUAAGUAAUAAUAACAGUCAUGAUACCAAUAAUAAUAGCAAUAGUAACUCGUUGGCUAUAGUUGAGUCUACUCGUUUACUGAGUUACACGAGUCAUACUGAUAACAACAACAACAAUGUUGGGUUGACUCAACAUCAUUUGAUUUUAUCUGGUGGAAAAGAAGAUUUAGGUGCUUUAGCAAUGUUGGAAGAUAGUGUUAAGAAGCUUAAGAGUCCUAAAAUUUCCCCUGGUCCAGCUUUAAGUAAGGGUCAAAUAGAUUCUGCGUUUGAUUUAUUAGCUGAUUGGUUCUACGAGUCUUGUGGGUCGGUUUCGUUUUCUAGCCUUGAACACCCAAAGUUUAGAGCUUUCCUUAACCAAGUUGGGAUGCCGGCUAUUUCGAGAAGGGACCUUUCCGGUGCUCGGCUCGAUAAUAAGUUUUACGAGGCCAAGGACGAAUCCGAGGCUCGAAUUAGGGAUGCAAUGUUCUUUCAAGUUGCUUCUGAUGGAUGGAAGAGGAAAAGUUGUUGUUGUAGUAGUUAUACAAGUAGUAGUGGUGGUGGUAGUAACUUUGGAUGUGUGGAGGAGAAUUUUGUUAAAUUUAGUGUUAAUCUUCCGAAUGGGAGUAGCUUGUACCAGAAGGCGGUCUUCACCGGUGGACCGGUGAGUACCAAGCAAGCUGAGGAGGUUUUGUGGGAGACGGUAAUGGGGAUAUCGGGAAAUGGUGUUCAGAAAUGUGUAGGAAUCGUUUCAGAUCAUAAGGCGAAGGCAUUGAAGAAUUUGGAGAUUCAGAAUCAUUGGAUGGUUAAUCUUUCUUGUCAGCUUCAAGGUUUCAUUAAUUUGAUAAAGGAUUUUAGCAAAGAGCUCCUUCUUUUCAGGACCGUCACUGAGAAUUCCUUAAAGCUAGCGAAUUUUGUAAAUAAUAACUUGCAAGCUAGGAACAGCUUUCGAAAGUAUAAGAUGCAGGAGCUUGAUUGUGCUGGGUUGAUACGAGUUCCUUUCAACGAAUGCCAUUGCAGCAGUAACUUUGCACAUGUUUUUGCAAUGUUGGAGGACAUAUUGAACUGUUCACAAGUGCUUCAGAUGGUUGUAUUGGACGAUUCUUACAAGGGGAUCUGUAUUGAGGAUCCAGUUGCGAGGGAAGUUGCCGGUAUUGUCCAAAAUGAAGGGUUUUGGAAUGAUUUAGGGGCUGUUUAUGCACUGGUGAAGUUGAUCAGAGGUAUGGCUCAUGAGAUUGAGGUGGAGAGGCCGUUGAUCGGGCAAUGCCUCCCUCUUUGGGAGGAGUUGAGGGUCAAAGUGAAGGAAUGGUGCGCCAAGUUCAACAUUGCCGAAGCGCCUGUUGAGAAAAUUGUUGAAAAGAGAUUUAGAAAGAACUACCACCCCGCAUGGUCAGCUGCAUUUAUACUCGAUCCGCUUUACCUGAUACGGGAUACCAGCGGAAAAUACCUUCCACCAUUCAAGUGUUUGACUCACGAGCAAGAGAAAGAUGUUGAUAAACUCAUAACUCGUUUGGUUACCAAGGAAGAAGCACAUGUUGCACUGAUGGAGCUCAUGAAAUGGAGAUCAGAAGGGUUAGAACCACUCUAUGCUCAAGCCGUUCAAGUUAAACAACGGGACUCUGUGACCGGAAAACUGAAGAUCGCUAACCCCCAAAGCAGUAGGCUGGUAUGGGAAACUUGUCUUAGUGAGUACAAAUCAUUGGGAAAGGUUGCAGUGAGGCUUAUCUUCUUACAUGCAACAUCAUGCGGGUUUAAACGUAACUGGUCUUUGAUGAAGUGGAUUUGUGUACACAGACACUCACGGAUAGGCCUCGAAAGGGCUCAAAAAAUGAUAUUCAUUGCAGCUCAUUCGAAGCUCGGCAGGAGGGAUUUCUCCAACGAGGAAGAAAAAGACGCGGAUCUAUUUAUGAUCGGCGGUGAGGAUGACAUCCUCAAUGGAGUCUUUACAGAUGCACCAUAAGUAUAUGCAAAAAACCAGUUGAAGCUUGUGGUGAACCAGAUUUUUAGUUUCCACUCGAAAAAGGGUCAACCUCGGAUGAACUCGGGAACAUAUCUUUGUUGCUGUAAGGCACUUACUUGCUGAUAUGACUCAACUGUGUAACCAAGGUUGUCUGGUUUUGCUAAUGUGGAGGAGCCCCCACCUUGAGGAGAGUGGAUGUCUGUCUUGUCACAGUCAAGGGAAAAAAAGGUUAUCGGUUAGAUAGCUGCUACAAAGUUUUUGAGCAAAGUGGAAGCAAAGAGAGGACUGUCGGCUUUAGGAGGUACACGAUGGCUGAUAGAGAUAUCGCAACGAACUUGACCCGAUUUUGCUGGUUCUUAAAUUUCUGUGAGCUUUAUUGACUGGUAUUAGUGCAACUUCAAAGUGGAAUCACUGGAUGUCCAUUCCGGCAUGUUUAAGCAUUCAAACGGACUGCUAAUGCACGUAUAGGUACAUCCGAGGUGAUGACAACAGUGCCACUAAUACGCGAAAAAGGGAGGGAUAAGGGCAGCUGUCGGCAAGGCCAAGUAAUGUUGACUGCUCACCAACUACAGAGGCGGCUUUUUUUCUUUCUUUUUUUUUUGGUUAUACCCCUAUGGUAUGGCCUUUUUAUUGUUCAUUCCACUAAUUUAUUUAUUUUUUCUUUGAUAAAAGGGGAAGAAAAGUAUAAUCAUUAAGUAUAGGACAAAGAGGAGGACCCUCUUUCUUAUACAAAGAAUCUUGACACUUUCAUGUUACGCCAUGAUUAAUUUUCUUUUGUCUUUUUCAGUAUAAUCACAGUUGUUUUCAUCGGUUCUACGCUUUAAGAGUAAAAACUGUAUGAGUUGAGGAUGAUA